AUGGAAGACCCAGAAGGGCUGGUGAAGCAUCGGAUGGCGCCUCGUGCUACAAUCACUCCGCCCGAUUACACUAUCAAUAGUGAAAAGGCAGAGGACCCCAAGAUAGCUGAUGUCGAGAUGAAUUCUGUCUCUGAAGGCAAAGAAGUGGAAGAGAGAGACUUCCAUCGCAAACAGGAGUUCUCAGGAUGGAAAUUGGCGUGGCUUACUUACCAGUCCCUCGGAGUCAUUUAUGGUGACAUCGGCACGAGUCCUCUCUACGUUUACUCCAGCACCUUCAGCAGCGAACCAAGCAAAGCCGAUAUUCUUGGGGCAGUCUCUCUCGUCAUCUGGGCUCUUACAAUUAUGGUCACUAUCAAAUAUGUCUUCAUCGUCCUUCGUGCAGACGACGAGGGCGAGGGUGGUACUUUUGCGCUUUACUCUCUUCUGUCUCGAUAUGCUAAGCUGGUCCGAUAUGAUCCUCGGCACUCAGAUUUGGUUCGGAUGCAACGCUACAACACGGACGAACUGCAAAAGCCCAAUUUGAUGACUCGCAGCAUCAUGGAGCGAAGCACUUUCAUCAAGUGGACUCUAAAAGUGGUUGGGGCGUUUGGCGUGGCCCUAAUACUGGCAGAUGGUGUUCUCACCCCCGCCCAGUCAAUUCUAGGCGCAAUUCAAGGAGUAACUGUUGUUAAUCCAAACAUGUCCACAUCUGCAGUCGUUGGCAUUUCAUGCGGAAUUUUGGUGCUGGUUUUCGUCAUCCAGCCAUUUGGAACCACCAGGAUUGCGAGCACUUUCGCACCGAUCGUUAUCGUUUGGAUGCUAUUCAACCUCACCUUUGGAAUCUAUAAUCUGGUGAUGUUCGAUGCUUCCAUUCUCAAGGCAUUCUCGCCGUAUUUUGCCGGUGCCUUCUUGGUGCGAAACAAACAGGACGGUUGGCUGUCUCUUGGAGGUAUUCUACUUGCCUUUACUGGUGUAGAGACCUUGUUCGCCGAUCUGGGCGCGUUUACCCGAAGAUCAAUCCAGAUCUCAUGGCUCUGUUUUGUCUACCCAUGUCUCCUAAUCUCGUACAUCGGCCAAGGAGCGCACAUCAGCGUUAAUCCCAGUGCCUAUGCAAACCCAUUCUAUUUGACUGUCCCCCCUGGCAUGCUCUGGCCCAGUCUUAUCGUGGCUGUUUUGGCCUGUAUUGUUGCAAGCCAAGCGGUCAUCACCGGGGCUUAUCAGUUGCUGUGUCAAAUCAUGAAACUUUCUUACUUCCCUCAAGUGAAAGUCUAUCAUACAUCGAAAACAUUCCACGGUCAAGUCUAUAUUCCGAUCGCAAACUGGCUGAUGAUGAUCGGAACAAUAAUCGUGACCGCAGUGUACAAUAACACAACACGACUCGGAGAGGCCUACGGAACAUGCGUCAUUCUAGUCUCAUUUCUCACUACCUGCAUGGUGGCCGUCGUCGCACUAAUCGUAUGGAGACUCCCAAUUUGGAUCGUUCUUCCAGUUUUCAUCGUUUUUGCCCUUUGGGAUGGCAUGUUCCUCUCCGCCGCCAUGAGCAAAGUGCCCCACGGCGCAUGGUUCACCCUCAUGUUGGCCGUGAUCUUGACCUGCCUUUUCAUCCUCUGGCGCUACGGCAAAGAAGAGCAAUGGAACGCCGAAGAAUCUGACAAUGUUCCUCUCUACCAUACCACUUUCCUCCGCGACCACCAGCUCUACCUAAAACAUGACCCCGCAGGUCCCUACAUCCGACGGACCAGAGGACUAGGAAUAUUCUUCGAUAAGUCCGGAAGCGCGAUAAACACCCCAACUGUGUUUCUCCACUUCCUGCAAAAGUUCAGCGCAAUGCCAGAGGUUACGGUCUUCUUUCACCUGCGACCCCUGUCCAUUCCUUCAGUCGCUCCCGAGGAGAGGUACACCAUCACGCGGUGUUUCACGAGGGCCGAUAAUGCGACUAAGCAGCCUAUCCCUAAUUGUUACCGUUUGAUGGUGCGACAUGGUUACACCGAUGAGAUUAUCACUCCAGACCUGGGGGUUCUUGUUCUGGGGCUGAUUCGUGGGUUCCUGAAAUGCUCAGAUAUCAUCAGCGAAGAGGAUACCGAGCUGGCUACUUUGAAUUGUGCGUCGAAUGCGCAGGUUAUCUACAUUGUGGGCAAGGAACAGCUCAACAUCACGAAGGAACGGAACUAUUUCCGGCGCAUGCUUCUUUGGGCAUUCUUGCUUAUUAGGGAUUCUAGCCGGACGAAGAUCCAGAGUUUGAAUGUUCAAAUGGAGCGGCUGGUUGAAGUUGGCUUUGUGAAAAGGAUGUGA